AGGAAGAACAUCAGAGAAACAGAAAACAUAUAACCCUAGAGAACGUCUUGUAAAAUCUGGUCGACCAAGGUCCACAGCAUCAUUUGGAUUAAACCAGCAGCAAUAUACCGCACGAACAUCACAGCACAACGAUAAAUCAAUUGUACCCUAUAGCAUUGAUAAUAAGCAAGUUGUUGUAAAAACUCCUUCUGAAGAGUUACAUAAUGAAUGCUCAAUACACACAAAACAUUCCGAUCUAAUAACAGAUGAUUGGAUAAGUGAAGCUCAGAAUAUAUUGGACAAUAUUAAAUCAACCAGACGAUUAAGUCAUUCAACAUGUACGCCUUGUUUAAAUACACAAUACAAUUCAGAUAUAAACAAAACUCAUCUGCUUCCUGUUAUUGAUAAUCCAGAUAUGAUGAGAUGCUUAAUUUGUUAUCGAACAUUCAAGUUUGAUACAGCCAUUAAACACGUGGAAAUCUGUUUGCGUAAAUCACAAACGAACAAAGAUAAUGGAAUGAAUUCCCUCGGUUCUACAGUUGCAACGGGUUAUUCACCUGUAACGAUUCGAGCGAAACAAUAUAUUGAAAACCUGCAGAAAAGGAGAACUAAUAGCUUUACAACCUCUGGUGUAUGUGUCGAACCGAAGAAUGAAAAUCAAAAAAGAAAAUCAGAGACAGAACUUCUGAAACUGAAGAAAUCAUGAAGAAACCGUGAAGAAGCAGAAGAAGAAGAAAUAUAGGAACUGCGGAAUUCACUGUGCCAUUCUUUGU